CUCUCCCCCUUCUUCCCCUCCAAUCUUCGGGGAGAAGCCGAUUGGCCAUCACACGUUCGACUCGCAGCGGUCAAUCCCGCUGCUUUUGCUUUGCGAUCCGCGGAUGUCAUGACGAUCGCCGUCUCUUCCCUCCUCCUGCUUGCCUUCUCCUUCGUCCUCUCGGAAGCCCAGUCGAGCGUCCUCCCGCUGCAGCCUCACGCGCUGCCGUCGCUUAAUCUGAGUUACAUCCAGAAACUGGGAAGCUGCUCUUACACGGUCGUUGUCACCACGAGUUGCUCUUCUCCCUCGUACACGCGAGAUCAAAUCAGCAUAGCCUUCGGCGAUGCUUACGGCAAUCAGAUCUAUGCCCCGAGGCUGGACGAUCCAUCAACCAGAACAUUUGAAGGAUGCUCUUCGGACACAUUUCAGAUAAAUGGACCGUGCGCCUACCAGAUAUGCUAUGUAUAUUUCUACAGGAGCGGACCGGACGGCUGGAAACCGGAUAGAGUGGAGAUUUACGGACACAAUUCGAAGGCAGUCACGUUCUACUACCGCACCUUCAUUCCAAGUGACAUCUGGUACGGAUUCAAUCUCUGCAACAGUGCCGCUUCUUCAACUGGGCAACCUAACUACAGGUUCUUUUUCCACAUGGUGUAUGGAUUUUUAGUCAGUGCUUUCCUGAACUUCUGUAGUUAAGACUUAUCUCUGUGUUCCCUUUGCAUGUUGUUGCUGUAUUACUGUGUAUAUCACACUGUGUUGUUCAUAAAUCAAUUACAAACCAUGCGUCUCGAAUGACAUCUUAGACUCAAGUUAUGUAUAGUAAUUAUAGUGAUCUAGUCAUCUCUGGUAUUGAAA